UUUAGCUCGAAAAGCAACACAAUUUGAUUACUACGCAGCAAUGAACUGGCUUUUUUACCUCAUAUCUGUUCUGUUAGCAGCUCGUGCGACAGGGACAUUGUGUUUUGUAUGUGACACGGCGAAAAGUAACGAACAUUGUACGCGGAUAGGAAGAAUUCGACGAUGUGCCAGCGAUCAGAUGUGCCAAAACGAAGCCCGCACAACAGAUAGAGGAGUUCGUAUAUGGAAACGCUGUAAACAAAAGCUUGCGUGUGAAAACAACUAUCGUCAGAACGUUCAAUGCAACCCUUCAGAAUUGGGAUCAAUCUGCAGAUGUUGUUGUAACACUGACCGAUGCAACUUAAAGUUACUGUACUGCCAUGAAAAAAUUAUCGAACAAUUUCCUGAAAGAAUUCUUCUUUGUCCUCCAUUGGAGCCGCCUGAUAACGGAAGCGUAAUUUGCCCCAACAAGAAUAAUGUUAGUUAUAUCGGCGUUGGUACGACAUGCACUUUCGAUUGCGAUCCGGGGUAUGAUGUAAUCGGACCAUCAAGCAGCAGAUGUACAAAACUUCCGCACCAAAACGUUGCUCGUUUUGACAAGGAGCCACCAAUGUGUUUAAAACACGAGUGUGCAAUACAACAUACUGAAUUGGAAGGUGGUAACGUUUCAUGUAACGACAGCAACAUGAUUGGAAGUAUAUGUCGAUUCGUCUGUGAGGCUGGGUACGUUUUGUCCGGUUCCAAUCUUUUAACAUGUGAGCCAAAUAGAUUCUGGUCUACAGUAGCACCUACUUGUCAACUAAUCGUGUGUCCAGCUCACAUCGACUCAGCGAAUGGUCUUGCUGAAUGUACGGACGAAAAUCGACCAGGAAGUCAAUGCAGGUUUUUGUGCAACCAAGGAUAUGCUUUGUCUAAUAACUCGACACUGAAUUGUUCUUUUACCAACGAAACAAAUGCAGAAUGGGACAAACCUGCACCAAUAUGCGAAGAAAUUUUAUGCACGGAACUGGGCCAAAUAAACAACGGGCAGUUCUCAUGUUCGAAUUCGAACCAUUUUAACUCAACAUGCUCUCUCGAGUGCAACGCAGAUCAAGAUUAUUUUCCAUCUCCGAGAAACACCGAGUUCGUGUGUAUAGAUGGGGUGUGGGACGCACCAAGACCUUGCUGCACGAGGAACUGUCCUCCGUACACAAAGAUGGAUUUGGUUCUCGUUCUUGAUUCGUCUUCAUCGGUAGGAAAAGAAAAUUGGAAAUCUAUGAUGGGAUUUGCAGAAACCGUGAUAAAUUCCUUCGUUGUUGGUAGCAACCUUACAAGGGUAUCUGUAAUUCGGUACAACGGAAAAGUCGACAAUGCUACUCAGAUACUUUUCAACGACUUUUUGGACGACCAAGAGGGUUUAUUGAACAAACUAAGAACUCUCCCCUAUCGUGGAUCUGGCACUAAAACCGGACAGGCGCUGAGGUAUGCCAAGAGGGAACUUUUAAAGGAAAGUAAUGGGAAUCGAAAAGAAGUCACCGACGUUGUGGUUGUCAUUACAGAUGGUCGUUCGCAUGAUAAAGUCGCUGGGCCAUCACGGGCGUUAAGGAAUGACGGGGCUUUGAUCUACGUCAUCGGCGUCGAGCCUGACAAUGGAAAUGUACUGGACGAAGAACAUUUAAUUGACGUAUCUGGAAGUGCCACACGUGUCAUUAGAGUGACGUCCGGUUUCAGCGGACUGACUAAUACGUUCCAAGCCGACCUCACAGAGCAUAUUUGCGGGAACCUGUGCUCCGAUGGAGAUUCGAUUACUGGGAAAUUCCUAGAAAGGUUUUCGACUUCCCGAAAAACUUAUUAA